AUGAGGUUUGGGUUUGGGUUUGGUGAUGAUGAUGGUGAUGGUAGUUGGGGUUUGGUGAUGGAGUUUGGUGAUGAUGCAGCUGUUCAUAUCGACAAGCCACUACCUCCAAAACACAACACUCUCACUACUCACCAGCAAGGCCAAGUCGGUCACAACGUGGAGCAUCAGAAGCAUUUAAGCUAUAUAAUAAUGCUGGGGAUAAUGGAGAUGAAGGGCAUGCUGGAAAUGUCGCUCAGUCGGGGGCCACACUCAACUUCGGUGUUCAUGAGGGGGUACUCCAGACGUUUGAUCCCCGCGACCAAGCCCUCCUCGAUCCUGAGAAGCCCUAUGAUCAGAGGUGGCAAGAGAAACAUCGAGCUCCAGGCGCAGGCAAUGGUCGAUCUCCUACCAGCUGAAUUCCACAAUAAUGGCAAUCUUUUAUGCCAUAAAGCCCCCCAUCCAACCAAAACAAGACCGCAGGACAACUCGAAGCUUCUCACCUUGUCCGAGAAAAAGCGCAAGGAGGCAGCACUCGGUCGGCAGCGAGCCCAUGCCAGAGCAGACACCUCCGAGAUGAACAGGGUCGCAAUGGAUGACCCAACCGAUGGCCUCCGGUGGGCGUUUUAUCUCACACUCAGCGGUCUCUGGGACUCGUUUCUCCCUAGCCCUACCAGCCAGGCGCCCUACAUUGCAUUCGAAUUCCUGAAGCACUGGCCGAGCCCCUUGGAGAGCAAUGCUUUACUAGCCGAUGAAAUCGAAAAUCUCCAGAUUACUCCUCGGCACAAGGAGUCCAUCUUCUCCGAGCUACCAUAUAAUCAAGCCUCCAUUGAUGUUAUGGAGACGAACCCCUGGUACCAUGUCAUAUAUACAUACAUACUGCUCACGAGAGACCUGCAAAUGGUCCGAGUGAGAAAAUCGACAAAGACACCCUAUCAGGCUUCCCCCACAGGACGUACCGAAACAUUAAAACAAUACAAGCGAGUACGGAAGUCUAAUUCCUUCCAGGGGUACAGUCUAGGUUCUCGGGCCCUAGGAUGUGAGAUAGGACAAGCAGCGCGACCACCAAGGAGCCAAAGGAUGCUUCGGCGCACCAGCGACAGAAGAACACCGACGUACCAGAAUUGA